AUGGAUGCAAAUAUUGCGCCAGGACAGUUCGACGAUGCGCUUGAUGGCCAUGAGCAUGGUCCAGCAACCCCUAUUGCAAACAACCAGGACCCUGCAGUAACGGGUGCUCGGAUCGAUGAUGAGCUCCUGCAGUGGUUGGAGGAUGAUGAACAGGAUGAAGAAGAGGAUGACCUUGAGCCAGAAGAAGAGGAUUACGAUGAUCAGAGGAUCGAGGACGAAGAUUGGGAGAUCGCUGAGCGCGAUUUUACCAAACAAUAUAAUCGUCUCCGCCAGCACGUCGCUGUUCGAGCGGGGCAGGCCAGAGCCUCCAGCUCUGCCCCCACCACCGUUCCCCUUCCCGCCCUCAACCGUCCCCGGCAGCCCAAUCCCUCGUUGAACCCCAGCGGUCAGCGAGACAAGACCGCAGACCAGCUGCACGCCCUGUCUAAAUAUUCCUCUCGUCUUGCGAACAUCAGCCAGCCGUGGGUCGGCGUGAAUCGCAAGGGGCCCAGUGCUACUGCAAAUAUGAAGGACAAGAGCGACCGCGCGACGAAUGAGCAGGUGCUAGAUGAUCGGACGCGGUUGAUUUUGUUCAAGAUGAUUGGCAGGGGCUUGAUCAAAGAGGUCAACGGCUGCGUCAGUACAGGUAAAGAGGCCAAUGUUUACCAUGCACUCUCGGGCACCCCUGUGGCUGAGUCGCCACCUCUUCCCGCCCACCUCGCGUUGAAGAUAUACAAGACGUCUAUCUUGGUGUUUAAAGAUCGCGAUCGGUACGUCUCGGGCGAGCAUCGCUUCCGGAGGGGAUACUCGAGGCGCAACCCGAGGAAGAUGGUCCGCCUCUGGGCGGAGAAGGAGAUGAGGAAUCUGAAGCGCCUCAGGAAUGCAGACGUGAGAUGCCCGGAACCUGUGGAGGUCAGGGAGAAUGUACUUGCCAUGGAAUUUUUGGGCGACGAGGACGGUUGGGCAUCCCCUAGGCUGAAAGAUGCCGACAUACCAGCAGAUUCCUACCAGGUGCUUUACAAGGAGCUUCUAUUGACAGUGCGCACAAUGUUCCAGACGUGCAAGCUAGUUCAUGCCGAUCUCUCGGAGUACAAUAUCAUCUACCACACCUCCCACCUCUACAUCAUCGACGUCGGACAAAGCGUCGAGCACGACCACCCCCAUGCCUUUGACUUCUUACGGAGCGACAUGAAGAAUGUGGAGGAAUUCUUCGGCCGCAGAGGCGUGAAAGGCCUGGGCCUCAGGCGAGCCUUCGAGUUCGUCACUAAAGAAGAGCUCGGGGGAGAUGCGCCAGAGGUGGUUGCGGAGUGGCUGCAGGAGGCUGCGCAGCAUACGGGUGAGGACGAAGAGGGUGUUGGGCAAGGCGAUGAUGCGAAGAAAGACGCCGAGGCUCAUGAAGAUGCCGUCUUCAUGCAAUCUUGGAUCCCUCGCACGUUGACUGAGGUCAAGAACCCGGAGCGGGACCUGGACAUCCUCAACCGAGGGGAGGGCGAUAAACUCAUCUAUGCUGAUACCAUAGGUCUUGUGAAGCCGGCGAUGAAGAAGACGGCAGAGCCGUGCAAGGAAGACACUGCCACGGAGAAGGGUCCCGGUGUGCGCUUUGCUGGGGAUAGUGAAGAUAGUGACACUUCGUCCCAGGAAGGAAGUGACGAAGGGGAGGAGGGCGCUAGCGUUGGCGAAGACAAUGACAACGGCAAGCCCUUCCAGGAGCGUACUCCGAGGGGCCACCGGCACGAGGACAAAGAAGCGAAGAAGGAAAGGAAGAAAGCUGUCAAGGCAGAGGCUCGUGAGAGGCGUCAACAGAAGAUGCCCAAGGCCGAAAAGAAGCGUAAGAUCAAAGCUACUCGCAGAGGAUGA